AAAAAAAAAAAAAAAAAAAAAAAAAAGAGAAGCCCGUAGCAAAAUUAUGGAGGAUUCAGUAGAGCGGGAACCUGUCACAGUAUGCUGGAAAAAAAGCCCGGGGUAUUGAAAUGAUAAGAACAGAAGAAAUGAUCUUUUUGUUCACUUAUCUAACUGUCAUUUAAAAACUGCCAUGUCAGUCAUUCGAACGUUUACCAAAUCUAAACUUGGCGCUAGGUCCAGUCAAUUAUUAUCGUAUUCUAUACUUCCAAAACGCACUGUCACAACGGCUACACCCUAUUUCAGGGCAGACAAAAUUGCUACAUGUAAUAAUAAGCAGCCAUGCAGAUUUACAUCAUCCAGCCGAUUUUAUGCUUCUUCUAGUGCAACCUCCACUGAGAAAAUAAGGGCGAGAGCAGCCAUGGGUCCCUUUACUUUGAAAGCAGCUGCUGUAUUCGUAGGUGUAGGUGCAGGUCUAUUACUUUACUUUAAUCGCGAAAAGAAACGUGUCGAAGCCAUUCGUCAACAGAAGAUAGAGGAGCAUCACAACAAGAAAACCGUCGAAAGUUACGGGAAACCCAAACUUGGCGGUCCCUACACCCUUAUUCAUGCCGACACAGAAAAGCCCUUUGGAUCCGAAAACCUGAAAGGGAAAUUUAACAUUGUCUAUUUUGGAUUCACCCAUUGCCCUGAUAUUUGCCCUGACGAGUUAGAUAAAAUGGCUGAAGUGGUAGACAAGGUAAAGAAAGACUUGAAAGAAGAUAAUAUUCUCGUACCAGUGUUUAUUACAUGUGAUCCUCGACGCGAUACGCCUGCAGUUGUCAAAGAAUAUGUGAAGGAUUUUCAUGAAGAUCUUAUAGGCUUAACAGGUACAGAGGAAGAAAUUCGAAAAGUGGCCAAAUUGUUCCGUGUCUACGUUUCUUCACCGCCAGAUGCCGCUGACGAUAACGAUUACUUGGUGGACCACUCGAUUUUCUUUUAUUUGAUGGACCCUGAAGGUCAAUUUUUGGAUUGCUAUGCUCAAAAUUCCAAAGCUGAGGACGUGGUGGACAGUUUUAAAAAGUAUUAUGAAGCUUAUACAACCCAAGGAGGCCAAUUGGAUAGAACGGAUAUCUUUAAAAAACAAUAAAGUGCUUUCUUCAAAAGAAAGAAAAAAAGCGAUAUAGCAUUCAAUUGAUCGAUGUUAUUACGAGGAAAU